AUGCAGUUAAUGACCUUCAAUUCGCUGUUGAUGUUCGAUAUCGUCUUUAUAUUUUUUCUCUUUCUCAUUGCGGUCACAUGUUUGUUAUACUAUUUGCCGCCAGUAAAGAUUAAGCAUAAAUCGCAUUUGGAUAGACGUAGAAGUCAACAAAGUGUCACAGUGGCAAGUAGCAACAGUACGAGCGAAGCUAUUCAUACGAAGCAACAACAUCAAACAAAUUAUCGUCAACCGGCAGUUAUUUGA